GAGGCCGUCCGCGGGCGGAGAGAAGCCUAGCGCUCUCGGGAGCCCCGGGAGAAGCGCCGGGGCUGGGCAAGGGAGCAGGGUAGCCUGCGGCCUCUCUACUGCAGGACCUGGGCAAGAAGGGCCGGGGUCAGGGCCAGUGGGCUAGAGCAGCUGGGCUAGUAGCGCCGGGGCCUUUGGUGGGGAGAGAACUCAGGGAAUUCCUAUUAGGUCAGGCCUUCCACACUCCCACGCCCCCUUGUUGGUGUGAACUGUAGGAGCGUUAGGGUAGUGUUGGUGGGGGGAUGUCAUGCUUGGGUGUCUCGCCCCUGCAUGCGCUAAACACCCCAUCUUCGUAGGCUCUUUUCUGUUUCUGUCUCGAGAUAGAGGCUGGAGGAAGAUAGAUGUAAAAGGCAUGGAAAGGAUUGAGUAUUCAAGGAAUAUGAGGCCCUUGGUGGGUGAGAAAUAACCAUCAGAAUAGGUGUGGGUUGUCUGUUGGGAAGGAGACCUUGAGAAGGUGAGGAAGCAUAGGCCGCCAGAAUUCUUUGAAACUGUUCUUGUUCUAGCUCUUCCCGAUGGGGGUCUGGCCUUCAGAUAUAGAAAUUAUUUACUUUAUCUAUUCCAGUAUAUGUCUCUUUGUGGAAAUACAUUUUGUCAUGUUGUACUUAGUUUUGCUUAGAAAUUCCCAUCUUAGGGAAUUGGAAUAGGAGUCAGGGGAUCUAGAUUCCAUCUCUGGUUAGAAUUUCUAACCACUUCUUUGUGACCCUAGGCAGUCUUUCAACUUCUUAGUUGUUUUUUUUCCUCUCACUUAUAAAAUGGGCACAAGAGCAACUGGUUUACCUCUCCUAAGGUUGCUAUGAAGAUCAAAUGAGAGAAUGUAUGUGAAAAUGCUUUAAAAUCAUAAAGUGCUAUGUAAGUGCUUUUUGUCAAACAGAAAAAUUCCUAAAAACCUUUCCUAGCCUGAUCAAGCAGUGAUGAUGCAAAUAGUUACUAUAGGUCUGUUCUGAAGAAGUAUAGGAUUAGUGACUCAGUUCUGAAGCUUGCUUUUCCCAAAGUCCAAUUGCUCUGGGUUGUGAGACUAAAGACCUAUAUGCUAAUUUUCAUAGCUCACCUAAUCUCUAUCCCCUUUUGCUUCCUUCUCUUCUUAGUGACAAUAGAAAAUAGUUCAUCUCAGCCUUCUCAUAGCUCCUUUUAUUCUUGUGACUGAGGGGAAGAAGGAACAAGGUAGUAGUCUCCAACAUUUUAUGUUGCCGCAGAUGACCCUGAAUCUUCUGGCCUCCCCCCCCACUUGUUUCCCUCCCCGUGGUCCCCCACUCUCCGUUUCAUCUGGCUCAUCAUGAAUGGUGCCCCUUCCCCUGAGGAUGGGGCUUCCCCUUCUCCUCCCCCUCUGCCACCACUGCCACCACCACCACCUCCUCCUCCCAGUUGGCGGGAGUUCUGUGAAUCCCACGCUCGAGCGGCAGCCCUGGACUUUGCCCGGCGCUUCCGCCUCUACUUGGCUUCCCAUCCCCAAUAUGCAGGUCCUGGGGCUGAGGCAGCUUUCUCACGACGCUUUGCUGAGCUCUUCUUACAGCACUUUGAGGCAGAGGUGGCUCGAGCCUCAGGUUCCCUUUUGUCAUCUGGUCCGAUCCCCUUGAGUCCUGGUACAGAAACUUUAUCUCGUGAUCUUUCCCUGGAGAGCUGCCGGAACAGUGGUCCUCUGACUGUGCUGGGUCCUUCCCGAUCUUCUGAAGAUUUAGCUGGCCCCCUUCCUUCCUCAAUCUCUUCAUCCUCUUCAAAGCCUAAGCUGAAGAAACGUUUCUCCCUCCGAUCUGUGGGCCGAUCAGUACGAGGCUCAGUUCGAGGGAUCUUGCAGUGGCGGGGAACUGGUGAUCCCCCCUCACCAGUGGGACCCUUGGAGACUUCUUCCUCUGGACCACCUGUCCUGGGUGGAAACAGCAACUCCAACUCCUCUGGUGGGGGUGGUAGCACCAAUGUGGGGCCAACUAGCAGUGGGACAUCCCCUGGGGAAAGAUGGACUCACCGAUUUGAGAGGCUGAGACUAAGUAGGGGAGGGGGACCCAUAAAGGAUGGGACAGGAACAGUGCAAAGGGAGGGGCUGCUGAGCUUCAUGGGAACAGAGGAGGCAGCUCUUGGUGGAGAAGGUCGAGGGGGAGGAGGAACUGGAACUUCAUCUGGGGGUGGGGGACCACCAAGGUGGCAGAAGUGUCGCCUGCUGCUUCGGAAUGAGGGGGAAGGAGGAAGUCGGCUGGAAUUCUAUAUCCCACCUAAGGCAUCCCGUCCCCGGAUCAACAUCCUGUGUUCUACCAUCACAGAUGUCCGGACAACCACAGCUCUGGAGAUGCCCGACAGGGAAAACACCUUUGUGGUUAAGGUGGAGGGUUCUGUGGAAUACAUCCUAGAGACAGCUGAUGCCCUGAAUAUGAAGGCCUGGGUGUCUGAUCUACAGGAUUGCCUGAGCCCAGGGGAGAACACAGACAGCCUGGAACUAUCCUGCCUCAACCACUCAGAGAAUCUGCCCAGUCAGGAGCUGCCUUUGGGACCUAGUGAGAGCAACGAGCACCUGUCUCAGGGGGCGUAUGGGGGCCUCUCGGAUCGUCCCUCAGCUUCUAUCUCCCCCAGCUCUGCCUCCAUUGCUGCCUCCCAUUUUGACUCAAUGGAACUACUGCCUCCAGAGUUGCCCCCCCGAGUCCCUAUUGAAGAGGGACCCCCAUUGGGAACAACUUACCCCCCACCAGCCCCUUACCCUCCCCCGAACACUCCAGACACCACAGGUUCGUUCCUGUUCCAGGGGGAGUCAGAUGGAGGUGAUGGGGACCACCCCCUUUCAGAGUACCCUUGGUUCCAUGGGACCCUCUCCCGACUCAAGGCUGCCCAGCUAGUGUUGGCAGGGGGUGCUGGCAGCCAUGGUGUCUUUCUGGUACGUCAGAGUGAGACGAGGAGGGGGGAGUAUGUCCUCACAUUCAACUUCCAGGGCAAGGCCAAGCACCUUCGUCUAUCCCUGAAUGAGGAUGGUCAGUGCCGGGUGCAGCACCUCUGGUUCCAGACCGUCUUUGACAUGCUGGAGCAUUUCCGGGUCCACCCCAUUCCUCUGGAAUCUGGGGGCUCCAGUGACGUUACCCUCGUCAGCUAUGUCGUGGCUUCCCAGAGGCUACAAGAACCGAACAUCUCCCAUGAUCCAUCCCAACCUCCUGACCCUGAUCCAAGGGUAGACCCUGCACGUUCUGGGGAAGAGGAGUUGAUGAUAGAAGCAUCAGAAGCUUCAGAGGAAGAGAAGGCAGGCAGUGGAGGGACCCCAGGAGAGCUGGGCCCUGUGGCUGAGCCUGAGGAGGCCACAGCCCUAAACAGGGAGCCCUCAGGGGUAGAGGGGCCUGGUGGGGAGGUGGGAGUGACCCCUUUUGUGCAUUUCUUGCAGUUGCAGCCAGGGAAUGCCGGGGAGGAAGGGGUCCGCUCCAGAGCCAUCAAUAACCAGUACUCCUUCUUAUAAGGAUGAAUACCCCCACACAACCAAUUCCCCCUUUCUCCCUGGUCCCGGGCCAGGACCCAGGACAGAUCCUCACCAGAGAGGUACAAAUGCUUCCCUUGCCCAUUUGAGUAGGGGGUGGGAAUGGUACAGGACCAAGGGACAGAGCCAUUAGUAACUUCCCAGAUAACACACUCCAAGCUGUCCCUUUCCCUGGGCAGGGGACUUGGAUCCGUUACCUCCUUUUGGGGGUGGGCCAAUUGUGCUCAGCCUCGCCCCCUGUGGGCCAUUUCUCCAGUACCUCUCACAGCUCUGUGAUGUACUGGGGAAGAGGCUGUAUCAGCUACAUUAAGGAUUUUUUUUUUAAGUGAAAUGGAGAACCAUAAAUAAAAAAGGUUUAUCUCA